CUGCUCAGGAAUGCCGAGGUGCACCCUGGGAUAUGUGCGCAUGCGUGUUCCACCAGGGUUCGAAUGUAGAGCGAACUUCAUGUUGCGAAUGGAGCUACUUUUGGGCACAUCUUGCAUGAAAAAUUGGGUAAUUUAGCUGCUCCGAUCAGCUGCACGUGAAAGUGAGCGGGGUUGUCCUCGUAGUGAGACAUUGCAAUCGCGGACCACUUUCCCACAGCUUGCAGAGAAGAGCCGGACUGUGAGGGACGUUGCACGUCUGGCCUGGGAAGUGUUGGUGUCAUGGCAGGAAGAACGCCGACGAGACGGCGACUGAAGCGGCCACAGCCUCCUAUUUACAAUGGUAUCAUCAACACAGACGAGGACAAGAACAACGACUUCGUCUGCCCAAUCUGCUUUGACAUGAUAGAAGAGGCACAUAUGACAAAAUGUGGCCACAGUUUCUGUUUCAAGUGCAUCCAGCAGAGUCUAGAAGAAAGCAACCGAUGUCCCAAGUGCAACUUUGUUAUAGAGAAGACAGAUCAGAUCUUCCCAAACUUCUUAUUAAAUGAAUUGAUCUUGAAGCAUCGGCAGAGACUGGAAGAAAGAAAAAGAGUCAAGCUGGAUCAACCUAAUGGGAUGAAGCUGACAGAGUUCCAGGAACUAUUGUCUCACGAAGAUGACAACCUGGACAUCACAGAUGUCAACCUCAUGCUGGAAGUCCUCUAUCAGAAGAAAACAAGACUAGAAGCUGACUCCAUAGCAGCGCAAAAUCAAAUAUUAAAAGAAUUCCUACAACAUGCAAGAAGAAGAAAACAAGAGCAACUGGAUAAACUGAUGGGAGAGGUCUCAGUAUUAGACCAGGACAUGCAGAGAGUACAGGAAAUGAUGUCAAGCCAUCAAAGCAAGUACCAACACACAGGCCUGGACAUGUCCAGGGUAUUGAAUGGGCACGACCCACCAUCUCAGGCUACAAGCUCUGACACAUCCAGCUCAAGCUUAGUCCCUGUCAAGACAGAAGGGAGAACAGACAGUCCCUCAGAAGGCUUCAAUGUCAGCAAAAAUGUCAGCAGAUAUCAUUGGUUAAACUCCACCCUGGCCAGUAGGAGGACGAGACUGGACCAGCACUUUGAUGACCUGGAGAAGUGCUACUUCAGCAUCAGAUUAAAAGAGUUUGGACAAACUGAGACCCACUCUACAGACAGUCUGUGUGAGUUUACAGACAGCCUGACCAAGUUCACCAAGUACAGCGGCUUCAGACCACUGGCCACCCUCAGUUAUGCCAGCGAUAUCUACAACGGAUCCAGUAUAGUCUCAAGCAUUGAAUUUGAUAGGGACAAUGAAUAUUUUGCAAUAGCGGGGGUUACCAAGAAAAUAAAGGUGUUUGAAUAUGGGACGGUAAUACGGGAUGCAGUGGACAUACACUACCCCUGCAGUGAAAUGGCAUGUAACUCCAAAAUCAGUUGUGUAUGUUGGAGCUCCUACCACAAAGGCAUGUUGGCCAGUAGCGACUAUGAAGGUACUGUCACCCUGUGGGAUGCCUUCAAUGCAACAAAAAGUAGAAUGUUUCAGGAACAUGAGAAGAGAUGCUGGAGUGUUGACUUCAACCAUGUGGACCCCAAACUCCUGGCAUCAGGGUCUGACGAUGCCAAAGUGAAACUCUGGGCGACCAACAUGGAGCACUCUGUGGCUUGUCUGGAGGCCAAGGCUAACGUGUGCUGCGUCAAGUUCAACCCUAACAGCAGGUUCCACAUAGCCUUUGGGUCUGCAGAUCACUGUGUGCAUUACUAUGACCUGAGGAACACCAGGCAAGCCCUGAACGUGCUGAAGGGACAUCGGAAGGCUGUGUCAUAUGCCAAGUUUGUCAACUCACAAGAAAUUGUUUCUGCCUCCACAGACAGCCAGUUAAAGCUGUGGCACGUCAGCCAGUCCCACUGCACACGCACCUUCCAGGGACACAUUAACGAAAAGAACUUUGUCGGCCUGGCGUCCAACGGGGACUACGUUGCAUGUGGGAGUGAGAACAACUCCUUAUAUGUGUACUACAAAGGCUUGUCCAAACAACUCAUCACCUUCAAAUUUGACACUGUCAGAAGUGUGUUGGACAAAGAGAAGAAGGAAGAAGAUGCCAAUGAAUUUGUCAGUGCUGUGUGCUUCAAAGGGAAUUCUAAUGUUGUCGUUGCUGCCAAUAGUCAGGGUACAAUCAAAGUGCUGGAGAUGAUAUAGAAAGAUGCACCUCUGUGUCUGGUGUGGCUUCAUUGCUGUCUAACUGCAAGAGUCCUGCUCAAAAUUCCAUUCAACACUUUCCCAACAUGCACUACAAAUCACACCUUGGUUGCAGGCAUCUAAUGUUGUUGUCAUCCACCACUUCUCUGCCUAAAUAUGUUUUCAAGUCUAACCAAGUACAUUUAGUGUUAUAAGUGAAGUAUUUUGACUAGAGCGGGACACCUUUCUUGCCUGGGCAUGAGAAGACUGACCACUGCCAGGAGUAGGAUCUUCAGGGCACCCUGUAGUAAACUAGAUUUUUUUUCAAUGCUUCUACCAGAAUGUAAGAACUAUCACUGUGCGUAAUUGUUUGAUGAAAUGAUCAUCAUAUGUAUGUAUGUGGUCUAAUUUUCUUGUGAAGAUUUAUUUAAAGAUAAGACUUCAUCCUUAUAUGUCUCUGAACACCUUUCUUUGUCAUGUCCCCAUGUGAUUGUCCCUCGCCAGAUUUUUUUCUAUGUUGAGCACAAGUAUAUUAUAUAUACACUACUGCAGUAAUUUCUAUGUGGCUGCAUUAAUGAUGAUGUGUAGAAUAUUGCAUUGUAUAGUUGUCCGGCACACUAGAGUUAUAAAGAAUUUUCCUCAUCAGCAGAAUUUCUACUAUGAUGAAAUGUACACAAGGAAGACAAUACAUUGUUACAGUAACUCUUGUAUCAUAUAGAGGUUGAGGCACACAUCUAUAGACACAAUCAACUUUGUUGUGAAUUCAUUUAGCUUCCUGUUUGAUUCUCCCUUGAAUUUCUGCUUUUUCUUUGUUGCUUUAUUUAGCUCUUUUAAUUCUGUGCAGUACAUGUACACGCUAAAGUAACUGUCGAGAGUCAUAAAAUGCAUGUGUAAUUUUGACCUAAUUCAUUGAAUGGGUUUUAGGGUUGGUCAAAAUACAAGACUUUGGAGGGUUGAAACAUAGAACGAACCAAAGGAAGUGAUGUUGCUAAAGUCACUCUGAAUUUGAGACUAACUUGUAACUACCUGAUGUUUGGAUACAGAAUAUAUUAUACUGAUUUCCCACACACUGAUGUUGUUAAAUGCUGCUGCUGAAAUGUACCCAGAUAAAAUGAUAGAAAAAAUUGACAUUUUGUUUUACAGUAAUAGAUGUGUCAAUAUUAUGCAGUCAUCUCAUAUACCGGUAGCACAGUUGUUCAUAACUUGUGCCGAAUCUAAAGUGGUGGUUGUUGUAGCACUUAAUUUACAUUUGAGACUUUACUUUAUACUCAGUCCUCUCAGUCUAUUGUAUUACCAUUUUGUGUGCACUACAGAAUGCAAUAAUUAUAGUAUGUCCUUACUGUAUAGUCUUCUGAUUUUGUAUUGCCAGGUUUACUGUUCCUCAUGUUUAUUCCUGUCUUGUGGAAUCUUUGUAAGAAAUAACUUUCCUAAAAAAAUAAUUCCUCAUAGCACACUGCCCUGUGAAAGAAAUACAGGUUUAGGACAAACUGUCAUGCUGGACCAUUGUUUAAUAGCUGAGACAGCUGGUAGUCCCCACCAAUUCAGACAAACCUGAAACAAUAACACAUCAGUAAGCAUGUUUUACUUUCAAGUAAACACUCUUACCAAUGUGAACCCAUUGCUGUAAACACACUGCCACAGCACCAGCUAGCUUAAGUCAAGCUAUCCAGCAUGUACAUUUUGAGCCAGACAUUAUGUAAAACCAUGAUCUAAUUUAGAUAACUCUGUCACAAUAUGUUUAACACCACUCAUAUGUUUGCUACAUUCCCACUUAAUGUUUUUUAGUGUUGUAACAACUCAAAUUGUAAUUGGUAUGCUAAAAAAGUCUUGUAUCUCCUAGUAUAGUCCUAGAAGGCUCUUGUAAUUAAUAUCUCUGUGAUACCCUGCCUGUGCAUAAGCAGCCACUGAAUUAGUGUGAAUACCCGAGUCAUGUAUAUAAUGACCUGUAUAUCCUACCAGAGACUGUGAUGUUGUCGUGGUCAGUACUGAUUGUGCGUGUGCGGGAGCCUUGUUGUUGUAGUUAUUUAUCCAGUGACGUACCGGCUGCCAGUUGUAUUUAUAAAACCAAUGAUGCCAAAGUCCUGUAGAAGACGACUGUAGCUUCCCUAAGACUGUACAUACUGUGUACACAUGAUGUUAAUCUGUACCUUGUGUACCAUAAGAUAACACUAUGUCAAACAGCUGAUUGAUCUCUAUUUAAUAGAGGGAAAGAAUAAAAGUAUUUCACUGUUU